AUGCCUGAACAACUCAGUGAAGCCGAUGCGAACAUCCAGAUCUGGAAGGUGAAGAAGCUCGUCAAGAGCCUCGACAGUGCACGUGGUGCCGGCACGUCGAUGAUCAGUCUGAUUCUUCCUCCUAAGUCGCAGCUCUCGCAGGCCACCAACAUGCUUACGCAGGAAUACGGUACCGCGAGCAACAUCAAGUCGCGCGUCAACCGUCUGUCUGUUCUUGCCGCGAUUACCUCGACGCAGCAGCGCUUGAAGCUCUACACGCGUGUGCCCGACAAUGGUCUGGUGGUGUACUGUGGCACGAUCCUCACGCCGGAAGGCAAGGAGAAGAAGGUCAACUUUUCGUUUGAGCCUUUCAAGCCGAUCAACACCUCGCUCUACCUCUGCGACAACAAGUUCCACACCGAGGCGCUCUCGGAGUUGCUCGAGUCGGAUGCCAGGUUUGGUUUCAUUAUUAUGGAUGGUAACGGCUCGCUCUUCGGUACGGUCACGGGUAACGCGCGCCAGGUGCUGCACAAGUUCUCGGUGGACCUGCCCAAGAAGCACGGUCGUGGUGGUCAGUCCGCGCUGCGUUUCUCGCGUCUGCGUGAGGAAGCCCGUCACAACUACGUGCGCAAGGUCGCCGAGUUUGCGACGCAGCACUUUAUUACCGACAACAAGUGCAACGUCACCGGUCUCGUUCUCGCCGGUUCCGCCGACUUCAAGACGGAGCUGAGCCAGUCGGACAUGUUUGACUACCGUCUCGCACCCAAGAUCAUCCAGAUUGUCGACGUGUCGUACGGUGGUGAAAACGGUUUCAACCAGGCCAUUGAGCUUGCGGCGGACUCGCUUGCGAACGUCAAGUUCGUCCAAGAGAAGCGCCUCAUCCAAAAAUACUUUGACGAAAUCUCUAUGGAGUCGGGCAAGUACUGCUUCGGCCUCGACGACACCUUCCGCGCGCUCGAGAUGGGUGCGGUAGAGACGCUCAUUGUCUGGGAGAACCUCGAGUACACGCGCUACAACCUGCGCGACUCGAACGGGUCCGAGCACGUUCUGCUCCUCAACAAGGAGCAGGAACAGGACCGCUCGCGGUUCGUCGACUCUGCGACCGGCACCGAGAUGGAGACGAUUGAGGAGCCCCAACCGCUGCUGGAGUGGAUCGCAGAGAACUACAAGCAGUUCGGUACCAACCUAGAGUUCGUGACCGAUCGCUCGCAAGAGGGCAUGCAGUUCUGCAAGGGCUUUGGUGGUAUCGGAGGUAUCCUCCGCUACAAGGUGGCCUUUGAGGACCUCGCGAUGUACGAUGAGGAGGAGGGCGAGUUCAUGAGCGACGACGACGACGAUUAG